GUCUUUAUUUCAGUAAGGAUUGGAUUUAGAUUUGGAUUUAGAUUUUAUGGUAAUCACCUUCCAUGCGCCACAUAAACGAUAACAAAUCUAGCACAAUACGUAAAACACUGCGUUUAUUACGGACAAGAAACUAAUUACCCAAAGUCCAAAUUCAGCUUUCGUUUUUCUUCACUCCUUUUCUCUUUUCCUCCAAGGGUAAACUCGUAAUGUUAGUCUUCAUCCUUUCCAACCAAGAACAAAACCAGAACAACAACAACCUCUAUUCAUUUCUUUCCACUCAAAUUCAUCUUAUCCAUUCAUUUCAUUAAUACACUUCAGAUUUUAUUUUUAGUAUUUUUUUUUUAAAUUCUGUUAAGAAACUUCGGCGGUGAGUUCUUAGGGUGAAGUGAUUGUAAUUGCAUGAACUUGUGCUUCAAGUCUUCAAUUUCGACAAUGGUGUACCCAUGUUCAAUGCAAUUUUCUUGUGAUGUUAGGCUCAAAACUAAUAAUAGUGGACCCAGUAGUUUCCAGCAUCAUAAUCUGGCGCGGGUUCAUCGAUUGCAUCUGGUCACCAUGAAUCUUUUACCGCGAACUUUGAAACGUGAUUCUUUGGGACUCCAUUAUUCUAGUGGAGUACAUGCCCCAAUACAGCACACUCCUUCCAGGUGCAGUGUUUUUGUUUGUCGGUCUGCCAUGCUACCAGGUGGAGGGAGUGGGACUGCCCUCGUGAAAUCUGCUAGCGUUUUAUUAACAAGGUUUUGUUAUCUAUUUAUUGGCACGUUGACAUAUAUUUUUGACCAGAAGGAGGUUAGCUGGUCAUAUGAUUCUUUACUGGGAAGCCCUAUUUUGCUUCGAUUGAUCCCAGCCCUUGGUAUUAUUGCCUUUGCUGUUUAUGGCAUAGAGCCACUCCUUCGUCUCAGCAGGAUUCUAUUUCUUCAAAGGACUGACAGUAGUUGGAAGAAAAGUAGUUCGCAAUAUGUUAUGACAUCAUAUUUUCAGCCAUUAUUGUUGUGGACUGGGGCAAUGCUCAUAUGCAGGGCAUUAGAUCCAAUUGUCCUGCCAUCUCCGAAUAGCCAGGUUGUUAAGCAACGACUGCUCAAUUUUGUGAGAUCUUUGUCAACAGUGAUUUCAUUUGCAUACUGUUUAUCAAGCUUAAUUCAACAAGCUCAAAAAUUCUUUUUGGAGGCAAAUGAAUCCAGUGAUGCAAGAAAUAUGGGCCUUGAUUUUGCUGGGAAGGCAAUAUACACUGCUGUAUGGGUUGCUGCUGUGUCAUUGUUCAUGGAAUUGCUAGGUUUCUCCACACAGAAGUGGCUAACUGCUGGUGGUUUGGGCACAGUAUUGCUCACUCUUGCCGGUCGAGAGAUAUUUACGAACUUCCUGUCAAGUAUAAUGAUCCACGCAACUCGGCCAUUUAUAUUGAAUGAGUGGAUUCAAACAAAGAUUGAAGGAUAUGAGGUUUCUGGCACUGUUGAGCAUGUGGGCUGGUGGUCACCGACCAUUAUUAGAGGUGAUGAUCGUGAAGCAGUUCAUAUUCCUAAUCACAAGUUCACUGUCAAUGUUGUGAGAAAUUUGACUCAGAAAUCACAUUGGCGUAUCAAGAGUUACAUUUCUAUCAGUCAUUUGGAUGUUAACAAAAUUAACAGUAUUGUAGCAGAUAUGCGCAAGGUUUUGGCUAAAAACCCUCAAGUUGAGCAGCAGAAAUUGCACAGAAGGGUAUUUUUGGAAGACAUCAAUCCUGAAAACCAAGCUCUAAAGAUAUUGAUAUCUUGCUUUGUGAAGACUCCAUAUUUUGAGGAGUACCUCUGUGUUAAGGAGGCAAUCCUUUUGGAUCUUCUCAGAGUUGUCAGUCAUCAUCGAGCUCGGUUAGCCACUCCCAUCCGCACAGUUCAGAAAAUAUACAGUGAGCCUACCUCAAAAAAUAUUCCCUUUGGCGAUGACAUUUUUACUCAAUCCAGAGCAGCAGUAAAUCGCCCAUUCCUACUAAUAGAACCCCCAUAUAAAGUUAAUGGUGAAGAUAAAGUUAAGCCGUCAACUCGAUCAACUCGUGGCAAUGAGGAAAAAGAUGCUAAGAUAGAGGAACCAGUGGCAUCUGACUCCAAAAGUGAUGACAAUUUUGCAGGAACACCAUCCUCUCCACCUGGUGCAAACUCCAAGGAUAGUUCAGUGGAGAAGACCACCAAAACCAUGCAGCCUAAAAAAGAUAGCGCUGGAGAUGUAGGGAGGGGAAGUACAAUUCCUGUAUCUAAAAACCUUGCACAAAGUACUGUAUCUGAAACUUCUCCUGUUACUUCCCCCGAGUCUAGCAGGGAAGAGAUUUCUUCUGCUACUGAGGACAAAUCUUCUGUGUCAUCAUCACCAGUUAGGCCUCCCUUAGACGAGAAUAUUCUUCUUGGGGUUGCACUUGAAGGCUCAAAACGUACCCUUCCAAUUGAGGAUGAAGUUAGUCCAUCUCCUAACUCGUCUGAGUCACAGGAAUUUGCCGUCCAACGAAAUGGGAAUGGACCUCCUGCUAACAAAGAUAAGAAGGAUGGUCCAAUAUCCUGAUUUCCAAAUGCUAAGAACAAUGACUAGAAUCACUAGAACGGUAGCUAAAUAAAGAGUAAAACUUGGCACUUUAGUUUGUGCCACUGGACGAGGUUCUGCAAAAAAUGAUCCAGCUGUCUUUUUUUAAGUUGGAAUUAUACAUUGUAUCUCUCUAGCUGGUUGCCCUUAUAUAUGUAUAUAAUAUAAUUAUCCAUUCAUGAUUUGUUGUAUUACGAGUACCUGUUUCCUACUCCAACAGUGGGCAAUAAAUGUUGUUUUAAAUUAUAAUAAAGAGCAGGAAAUUGUAGUAUUUUUCUA